CUCCACAAACAAACACCAGACUUCGCUGCGGACUGCCCAUUUCACCAGGACCAAAAGGUCCCGGAUCAUCCCUUCCUCUGUUACCAUUGCUCUGUACGUUAGGACAGGCCACCACCAGGUUUGCCCAACUCAGCAUCGGGUCUAUCUACCGCCUUGUGUCUGUCCUGUCUAUCUAAGGUCACUUCAAACUGCUUUUCCAUAACCCCGAUCACCAUGUGGCUUCUCAAUGCGAGGACUCUGAGCUUAGAGUAUUUCCUGGACAACCGUAUCCCUCGAUAUGCAAUCUUGUCGCACACAUGGGGAGAUGAAGAAAUCAGCUUCCAAGACUUCGACGCCACAAAGAACAGGUCAUACACGGGUCUAUCUGGUCAGGAUCCGUUCCAAAAGAAAGGAUGGAAGAAAGUUGAGGCGACAUGUAAGAAGGCUUUGGAGUACGAGUGCGAGUAUGCCUGGGUCGACACGUGUUGCAUCGACAAGUCUAGCAGCUCUGAGCUUCAAGAAGCCAUUAAUUCCAUGUUCAGAUGGUACAAGAUAGCUUAUACUUGUUUCACAUACCUUGAAGAUGUCUUACCGGAUGAUGAUGUCGAAAAAAAGCGGCAGGCGUUUCGGACGUCUAGAUGGUUCACCAGAGGUUGGACUUUGCAGGAGUUAAUUGCCCCAUACGACGUUAUAUUCUUUGACCACGCCUGGCAAUGUAUUGGAUCCAAACGGCAAUUUCCUUCGGAGAUCUCGAGGAUUACUGGUAUCAAGGCCCCGUAUCUUGGUUUACGCGAUCGACCAGCGAAGCAACUUUCACAGGCCAGCGUAGCAGAGAGGAUGUCCUGGGCUGCCAAACGGCAGACGACACGCAAGGAGGACAUGGCCUACUGCCUGUUGGGGAUUUUUGACAUAAACAUGCCUAUGCUGUACGGGGAAGGCGAAGGAGCCUUUAUCAGGUUACAAGAAGAAAUCAUGAAAAUCACCAACGACAACUCUUUACUCUGUUGGGGCUACAAACAGGAUCCGACGUUCAAGAGCUGGAGUCCAGAAACCAUGCUCGCCCCGAACCCUGGAGCCUUUCGGCACUGCAAGGAUGUUGAGAAGCGGUUAUCAUCUAAAUUCAGUUCGGCGACUUUUUCGAUGACUCAAAACGGUCUUUCUGUAAAGUUGCCUGUGGUAGUCGAUGAAGCAUGGGAGGAUAUUGCGUAUGGCAUACUUGGCUGCGGUCUACGAGUGACGGAUACUGGAGACGGAUGUACAUCAUUCUUCGCUAUUCCUUUACUUUCUACAAGGGCCAACAUGUUUGGCACCGAUUUCAGGAACCAUGAGAGCAAUGAGUACCUUCGGCCUUGGUGGUGUAGCGCCGUGGUAGUAUCCCCUGACUUUCUCAAGGAAGCAAAGACAAGAGACAUAAUUAUUAGACGGUACGUCGCAGGGGAAUACGAUUUUGCAAGACUUCCGCUCUCAUUCAACUUUUCCCGUUCAAGUUCCCGUCACUACAGCAUACUUGGGACAUACCCUCCGCAACCUCUUGGGCCAGACUUCCUACAUUUAUCCACAUCCGGGUCGAGCAAAUCACUGCCUGGGGCCAAGGUGCUAUAUUACGACGCAAAUUCGAUUUCUCAGGCCGCUGGUUUCGAGGACUCAGGACUGGUCUUCAUUCAUGUCGAGAUCCCUUUCACUGCUCUCCUAAUCGUUCUGGACUGGCACUUAGACUAUGGGUCAGAUAGUGGGAGCCUGCAAGCAUUGGGCUGCCGUGUAUUUGAGCUGCCAGGAGAAUUCCGCCUGGAGUUUCUAGAGAGUUUGUAUAAGAAAAAGGACUUUAGCAGCUUGCCGGAAUUGAGUUGCUCCAAGGAGAAGAUCCACCUCGAGCACCAGUACAGCCCAACUCCACAGAAAAGGAUGGUUUCUCUCGAUCCCCAGGGAAGGGUGGUUUACAAAUUUCAUCUGCCUAAGAACGAUAAUGAGGCACUUGUGAUAGGCACAAGACUUAUGAAAGGGUAUGGCCCCACCACCUUCGUCAACGUGUUCACCUCUGUGAUCGACAAUUCGCGGAACCUCCAGGAUCUUGCUAAAGAAAUGGCUGAUCAUUAUUUCGAGCCGACGAGUAGGCAAUCUCAUGCCUCAUCUCAUGCCACGCUGCUAGGGCCCGGACAGCGGUCUGUUCCUCUUUUCGACUGUGAAGAUAAUCCAACGAAGCCCAUGGUUAUCGACUCUUCGUCCAAUCGAUAGAAGCCUAUCAUAUUCGGAUUUCCAAGAGUUUCACUUCUCACGGGACUGGCCAGCUGGGAACCUUUGGUGAAUGUGCGAGGAACACAUAGAUGUUCACGGCAGAGUGAUUUACAAUCUCAAAGAUGCAUUGUGGCUGCACAACCUAUCGAGUGUCUACUAGUAGACAAGUACCCGCGGCGCUGCACUUCAUCCGGAUCUUCUACAUACCAAGUUUCCUAUCACAAAUUCACGAUUUGUCACUCAACUAGAUCACAUCAGUUUGGAGAGACUUCCGCGUCAAAAUCAAUAUGGGCAAGUGCACUUGAAAUGUGGAGGCUUUCUAUUUUCAGCACGGGGGAAGACUCCACAAUUGUGGGGAGAUAUGGCUUCCUUCAUCAACUGUUUCCGGA